AUGUCAAUAGCUGAAGUUUUAACUGAAAAUAAUAAUUUGUCAUUAACGAAUUCAAUAAUGGAAUCUUCGAGGUUAAGCAGCGAUUCUGAUGGAAGUGCACCGACUUACAGUACAAUGAUGUCUUCAAAACGUAAAUUGUCUGAGUCAGACGAUGACUUAAUCUAUGAUGAAAAACGGGCUAAAUUUGAUAACGAUUCAGAUAAUGAAUCAAACAGAGAAUUGUCACACCAAGUGACACCUGCAAUGGAGCAGACAACUUCUGACAUAGGUCGUCGUUUAAUGCAGAAAAUGGGUUACUCUGAAGGACGUGGUCUUGGUAAAUAUGAGCAGGGACGUGUGGCUCCAGUAGAAGCAUUUCAGCAGAAAGGUCGACGUGGUUUAGGUCACGACAAUAAAAAAUUAAUAGAAGCUACUCUCAAAUGGGACCCAUCAGCAGAAGUCGUAGAUGUUCAUGAAAACAUGCUUUGGCUUGAUAAUUCUAAAAGGCCGCCUACUUUAGAUGAAAUGAAUUCGUGGAUUGUUUUAGGUCGCAGACCAGAUACUAUCGACAAUGAAACAUUAUUUUGCGAUCCGCAUAUUGUUCAGCAGGUAGUUAAUUCAAAAACAAUAUUUGAUACGCUUGACAAAAAUGAAAUGCAUCGUGCACGUAGUCGUUCAAAUCCUUUUGAGACAAUUCGUGGAGCUUUUUUUCUCAAUCGCGCUGCUGUAAAAAUGGCAAACAUUGACAAAGCCUGUGAUUUUAUAUUCACACAGCCGCAGUUUUUUGAAAGUAAUGAAACGCUUUAUUUUGCCGAUGUAUGUGCUGGCCCUGGUGGAUUCAGCGAGUACGUUUUGUGGAGAACCAAAUGGGGAGCAAAGGGUUUUGGCUUUACGUUGCGUGAUUCAAAUGACUUUAAGCUGGAAGAUUUUUACGCUGCGUCACCUGAAACUUUUCAUCCAGUCUACGGCCCCAAGGACGAUGGUAAUGUUUACGAUCCAGAUAAUCAACAAGCAUUUCAACGUAUUAUUAUGCAGUCAACUAAAAAUAAAGGGGUUCAUUUUAUGAUGUCUGACGGCGGAUUUUCAGUAGACGGUCAAGAAAAUAUUCAAGAAAUACUUUCAAAACAAUUGUAUCUCUGUCAGUGCCUUGUUGCACUCAAGAUUGUCCGUGAGGGUGGUCAUUUUGUGACUAAAGUAUUUGAUUUAUUCACUCCUUUUAGUGCAGGUUUAAUUUAUAUUAUGCACCGAUGUUUUAGGAGAGUUUGUAUAUUUAAACCAAAUACUUCUAGACCAGCUAAUUCUGAACGCUACUUAAUUUGUGAGGACAAAUUACCAGGCACUGAGGAUGUCAUACAGUAUUUUGACGAAGUUAAUAAAUUGCUUUUGAAAGAUGACCCGAAUAAGGACGUGAUUGAAUUGGUGCCACUGGAUAUUUUACAAGGUGACGAAAAUUUUUUUAUGUACUUGAAAGAAUCCAAUGAAUCACUCGGCAGUAAACAAGUUGUUGGGUUAUUAAAAAUAGCAGCUUACUGUGAAGACCCUACGUUGAAUGAAAAACGACAGUCUCAAAUGCGUAAAGAGUGUCUUCAGUAUUGGAAUCUUCCUGAUCAAAGUCGUACACGACCUCGGGAUGAAAAACCUGAUGACCGUUUGCAAGCUAUUAUCGGUUCGGCGCUUCAAACGCUUUACACCCACAAACCAACAAUAUUAACAAAUGACAAUUUGUCAAGCACUUUAUUAACCCGUCCUUGCAAUUGGGUUUGUUUGCCAUGUGAAACUAAAAAUUUUUCAGAUCCUGAAAAAUCUCCAACCUUUUAUUACAGUGCUGGUCGUACCAAAGUUUAUCGUUACAUGCGCAAAGCAUGGAUACGAGUUGAAAAUAUUGAACUACCAACAGAUACAUUUAUUUACGCUGAAAUGGUAACGGAGAUGCGUGGUGAAAGCAGAACCCUAAGAAGAUCUCCGGCACUGCAUAUAAUUGACGCUUGGUUACUUGGUAAUAAAGACGUCAGUCGGAUGUACUUACUUGAUCGUUAUGCCAUGAUUGAACAGUUUUGCGAACUUUUGUGGUCGCCGGAGAAUAAAAAAGCAAUGCGUGUACGUCCGAAACCACUUUACUCAUUAGAUGAUGAUCUUUCGGCUGUAAUGAAUUUAAAAACUCGUCUUUUGAAAAAUAAAUCUCCAGUAGAGGCUCUUCAUCCUUGUGAGCCAUUUUACGCAAUUGACAACGAAAAUGAACGCGAACAAUUUUAUAUUAUACCUAGUAGUAUGAUAUUUUUAAAUUCUAUUAAACCACCUUGGGCUAAAUAUUUAAGUCGUUCCACUGCUCAUCAUUAUUUUUUUAAUUCACAAACAGGUAAGCAGUAUUACAAUGAUAGACGACCUGAUGAAGUAGCUCUCGAUUUCGUUAAUACUGUUUGUUCGCGGAUCAUUUGGUCUUGGCAAGAUCCAAAUACUCCAACGUUGUCUGAUCUUAAUGCUGAAAUUAAAAGUAUUUGUCCCGGUAAUUUGCCCAAUAAAUCUUCAAAAUAG